CAACUAUACCAUGUGUGUUUGUUUAUCCCGAGGCGAGCAGGAGCAAGUACAAAAGGAAAAUAGUCACCUUCCUUAGAAAAUAUUUAUCAACAUAGAAGGACUAUGUAGUGGAAGCUGUUGCACUGCCCUAGCUCACACCUACUGGACUGAACUGUGAUUGGCAGAAUUCUUUGUCGAGAAAGUGAUAUAAUUCACACUGCAUGCCGGCGGCUGGGAAUCAUCCUCUGGCUGAAUUGAAAAAGACUGAAGAAUAGCGAGGUUGAGCCAAGGAAGGCAUAGGAAGGACUUAACGAGGAUCUGAGAGACUGUGGCCAUAGAAUCGAACCAGUCUACUUGCAACCAGCACCUUCGGGAUACUUAAGGUUGUGGCUGCACAGCCUGCACAGCUCCAUUUAAAUUCCCAGUAAGGACAAGGGUGUGGUUGAAACUGGUGAUUGUGACAGUAUUCCCACCGGAAUGAUGAGGUGGCAUUCCAAAUGUCAAAUGCUCCUAUCUGCUACAGUGACAAAGAAUUUCUCCAAUGGAUUUGCAAGUCGGGUGAAAGGAUAUCUAACAUACCAGCCACAGGAAAAGAAAGCUAGUAAAUUGGAAUCUGUUGGAAUCUUUAAGACUAACCUGGGAGCACAUGGACCUCUAAUUGAUGGGCCAGAUUAUACCUUUCUGGAUGGCCGCCCUACUCCUCUCAGGAUUGGCCAAAUUAGAAGGGCCAGGGCUCAACGUGAGGCAGCAACCAAGGUGGUACAGCUAAUGAGUGAGGUACAGUUUGCCAUACAGCGUGAAAAACAGUUGAAGCAAGAGCAGGAGGACACGAGGCAGCAGACCAUUGCAAGCAAACUCAAAGCUAAGGGCCAUAAAAUGUUGCAGGAUCAAGAGAAGUGAGACUAUGCAGUUCCAUUUCCAUUUGGUUCUUGCAAAUGUAUUAUGUAAAUAAUAGAAUACUUGUAAUGUCUUUGUAAAAUAAAUCUGUUAAGUUGAA